AUGCAGUUGCUCUACCACUAUAUCCUGCUACUUACCAGCUUAGUCCCUUGGCCCGUGUUGGCUAACGAUGAUGGCUGCAACGAGGUGGUUUGCGGAUCGGUGGUGUCCAAGUGCCUGAUCACCCAAAGCUGUCAGUGCAAGUUGAACGAUUGCCAUUGCUGCAAGGAUUGCUUGAAUUGCCUUGGAGAACUAUAUAUCGAAUGCUGUGGCUGCCUGGAUAUGUGUCCUAAGCACAAGGAUGCAUUGCCAUCGUUGACACAGAGAUCGGAGAUCGGCGACAUUGAGGGAGUGCCAGAGCUAUUCGACACUAUUACAGCUGUGGAUGACGAUGGAUGGUCCACUAUAAGGUUUUCAAUGCGUGCCGGCUUUAAGCAACGUGUCCAGGGCGGAAGUAGUGAUAGCGGAAACGGAAGCGUUACACUGUGCACGGUGAUAUAUGUGAACUCGUGCAUCCGGUCGAACAAGUGCCGUCAGCAAUGCGAAAGCAUGGGAGCCAGUAGCUAUCGAUGGUUCCAUGACGGAUGCUGCGAAUGUGUUGGCGAAAAUUGUCUCAAUUAUGGGAUCAACGAGAGUCGCUGCCGUGGCUGUCCAGAGGAUCAGGACCAGCUGCUGACCGCCGACACUGCUCCGGCGGAGGCCGAACAGGAUUUAGAACGUUUCUUUGGCAACGAGGAGAACGAGGAUGGCUUUAGCUAUGGCGAAGAGGAUGAAUUUGUCUAA